AUGAUAGCCGCAUUUCCUUUUCAAUCGGAUCAAUAUUAUAACCAACCUUCGACAACUACGAGUUUGAUGAACAUUGGUAACAGUAAUUCCGGUAGAACAAACCUUGGUGACAGCUUGCAUCAACCGCUAUUUCGUAGAGAAAUGGUGAGUGACCAAGAUAUAAAAGAUAAUGGUGGUGGCAGUCUCUUAGUAAACGAUUCUUCUUCCGAGCCUCCAUCUCCAACAAUUCCACUUAGUGGUGGAUCUAUAUUUCCUUACCCAUCAUCCAUCAUCCCUUAUCGUCAGGUGAAACGUCGUCGUCGCCUCACCGAAGAGGAAACAAAUGUUCUGAUCGGCACUUUCGAGGACGUGCAAAAACCAGAUGCCGAAAUGCGCACUCGGCUGGCGAAACAACUAAAAAUGUCAUCGCGUGCGGUCCAAGUCUGGUUCCAGAACCGUAGGGCAAAAGUGAAAAGAGAUGCUUUGGAGUCGAAGAAUGCCGCGAAGAUGAACAGGCCGAAGCAAUUAACUCUGGCGCCCGAUUACUGUCAGGAGAAGAAAAUCACCGAGUUUGAUUCAAUGCCUUCUUUGUCACCUGUUUCUUCUUAUGCAAGUUCUCCGAAUGAUUCUAAAUCUAAGGAUGAUUUAUCAUCUCAAAGAAUGGUCAGACCUUUUAACACACAAAGUAUCGCAAACCUUUCAUUCGCCCUAACUUCAUCGAACAAUAAACAUUCGGAAGAAAAUAUUCAAUCUUUACAUUAUCCUCAAACGGUCUCUAAUAAUAAUAUGAACAAUGAAAACAACAGAGAAUGCGACUCUGCGGCUGGAUUACUUCAACAAGAAUGUUACUGGGACGCGUCAGAUAACUUUAACACUGAAAAUGGUAAUUGUCUUCCGAGCGAGCAAAGACUUGAGACCUCUCCUUUAGAGGUAUCGCCAUUGUCUGAACAAAUGCUCGAUUCCUUUUAUCAAGGUUCUUCCGAUUCUUAUUACUGGUCCAACGGCCAACAAGAAAUAUUUACUUCACCAGCUGGUCUUGGUGUAGAAACACCCGUGGGACCUAACAAUACACCAAUCCAAAAUUCUGUAUCGUCUUCCAAGUUCGAAAAUUUGCCGUCGAACAUUAACAACAAUCCUCCCACCCAUUGGUUUCCAGGCCCUAAUAAUCAUGUCAUUCUUGAUAAUAAUCAAAAUGCAUUCGAAUAUCAUUCAUUUCAUAAUCCGAUUCUCUCUACAAUGCCGACCAAUCUCUCCCCUUCUGUUUGGACAACUUCUUUUGUCACUAACGUCAAUCAGACAGAAAACAGUGAGGAAUCCGGGAUGCAGUCUCUUUCAAUUGAUCUGUCAUGUUUGCAAAUCUCGGCUGAAUCGAACAACCAGCUAAACUUUUCCCAAGAAAACUCAUUAAUAUCUCCAACCACAGAAAAUCCUGUGGGUGAAUCUGUUAACACAAAAAAUAAUCUUACUCCGCAAUCGCCUUACCCUUCCGGGUUUGAUAAAGAAAACCCUGCGGUCGACGAAGAAGGAGAAACUGACGGUUGGGAACAGUGGUGA